UCACGUGACUGGAACAGGAAAUUGAGGAAAUCGCGGAGCACGUUUUUGUGGCGUGGUCCCUGGUGCGUGGUUUGCCUCAACGUUGGUCUGCUGCCGUGCUUUUUCUUCGGGGUUUUUGCUUUAGGCCUACGGGGCAGGUUUGCCUAGCUUUCAGCAUAAAUCAUGGCAGCAAGCGUUAUUGGAUCCGUGACCCGAGUUUGUAUGAAACCGGCACGAUGCGGUGCUGUUUUCAGGGCGCUGAAGCCUUUAAGUGAGCCCGGCUACAAGUCCAUGUCCAGCUCUACUCUGUCCCGCACACUAGUGUGCCGGCGCACUGCAAGAUCAAGUCCCGUGCGAACGGCGGUCUGCAGCUACAGCCAAGCAAGUACCAAAGGUGACCAGGAGCUUGCCGAUUUUCUUGUGGAAGAAAUCGAAGCGGAGAAGAAGGCAAGGAAGUCAGCGCAGAUUCCGAAGAUCGAAGGAUUUGACGUUAAAACGGAGGGAUCUGAGGUUACCUUGACGCGAUCUUUCAACCAGGAAACGAUCACUGUUCGACUGAAUGUGAACCACUCUGUGGAUGCAGAGGAUGCUGAUGAAUUCACUGCCAGCCAGGAUAAUGCACCUGAGCCAGGGGAGAUGAAAUCCAAGCCCAACUUCACCGUCGAGAUUGAGCGUGGUGGAAAGAAACUUUACUUCAGCUGUACCUUCAACGAAGGGGCUGAACCUGAGGGUCAGUCCGAGAACUAUGCAGACAGUUUUGGUGUGGCUGAGUUUGCCAUCUAUGAAGGAGAAUGGACAGAUGAGGUCUACACUGUGUCUGGUGACAUCAUGGAUGGGUAUCUGUAUGACCUGCUGAUGAACAUGCUUGAAGAACGUGGAAUUUCCAGCGAGUUUGGUUACAAUCUUGUCAACUUCUGCACCGUCUAUGAACACAGUCUUUACAUUGGCCUGCUGGAAAAGCUCAAGGACUUUGUCUCAAAAAAGUAGAGCUGUGCUUUAUCAUGGUGAAGCCUGUCUGCAAGGACUCUAGUAGUACCAUGUCUGUAUUGAUGUAGAUACAUUUAUAUCCUGUGUGUAAGCAACAUAUGUGGAUGCAGUCCACUAUGUUGCCAGAAUGUCCAUUUAGUGUGUAUUUCUGCUGAAGUUUUCACACUGUUCACACAAACAAAAGCUUUCUUUCAUUGUAAACAAUAAAUGUUACUGCGGAAA